AUGGUUCUUUUGGCCGCUAUUGAUCAGGGAACAUCGUCGAGCCGAUUCUUGGUCUUCGAGGCUGACACCGGAGAGCUUGUGACAAGUCAUCAGAUUGAAGUUCGCCAACUUUUUCCGGAAGCAGGAUGGGUCGAAAUGGAUCCAAUGGAAAUGUACAACACGGUGGUUGAAUGCAUCAACAAGACAAUUGAGAAACUUGAGAAUCUUGGGAUCACGCCCGAUGAGAUCAAAUCCGUUGGCGUUGCCAAUCAAAGAGAAACUUCGAUUGUUUGGGAUAGAAACACCGGAAAACCUUUGUAUAACGCGAUUGUUUGGCUGGACACCAGAACGACGUCGCUCGCCGAACAAGCAAUUGCCCGAACGCCGUCAAAAGACAAAGAUGAAUUCAAGAAGAAGACGGGACUUCCAAUUCAUCCAUACUUCAGUGCCCUCAAACUCAAAUGGCUGUUUGAGAAUGUUGCUGAUGUUCGAGACGCCUAUGAUAAGGGAUCGCUUAUGUUCGGAACCGUCGACACUUGGUUGAUUUGGAAACUCACUGGAGCAUACAUCACCGAUGUUUCGAACGCAUCAAGAACUCUUCUUCUCGAUCUUCAUAAGCGCAAAUGGUCGACUCAACUUUGUGAGUUCUUCUCGCUUCCGAUGGACAUUCUCCCUCAAAUCAAAUCCAGUGCCGAAGUAUACGGAUAUUUCACGGAAGGACCGCUUGAAGGAGUUCCAAUUGCCGGUUGUCUUGGCGAUCAGCAGGCAGCGAUGGUUGGACAUCAAUGCUUGAAUCAGGGACAGACUAAGAACACAUAUGGAACUGGAACUUUCAUGUUGUGCAAUAUUGGAAGCACACCGAUCAUUUCCAAAAAUGGAUUACUCACCACUGUCGGAUUCCAGUUUGGAGCUGAUUCUCCAGUGAUUUAUGCAUUGGAAGGGUCUGGCUCAAUCGGAGGAAAUGUGGUUCGAUUCUUGAGAGAUAAUUUCAAGUUCAUCAAGGAUUCAUCUGAAAUGGAACCGCUUUGUCGAGAGGUUGAAGACACCGCUGGUGUGUUCUUCGUGCCAUGCUUCACUGGCCUCUACACCCCAUAUUGGGAUUCAACGGCUCGCGGAACAAUUCUCGGUUUGACGCAGGUCACCAGCAAACAGCACAUUUGUCUGGCGGCUCUUCGCGCAGUCGCUUUCCAAAGCUCGGAAAUGAUUGCUGCGGUUGAGCAAGAUCUUGAGGGAAUCACCAAAGUGACGACGCUGCGUGUCGACGGCGGAAUGAUCGCCAACACACUUUUCAACGAGAUUCAAGCGGACAUCAUGGGACGCGAUAUUGUGACGCCGAAAAUUACCGAAAUCUCUGGCUGGGGAGCAGCGGUCGCAGCCGGCAUCGGAGCCCAACAGAUCAGUCUCGACGAGUUCCUUUCGCAGCCAACAGCGGCUAUCAAAUACGAGCCAAUCAAGGAUGAAGCUUGGCGAGAAGCGGAAAUUGCCAAGUGGAAAGACGCAGUGAAAAGAUCGUGUGGAUGGGCCCACUAG